AUGGAAUUACGAUUACAAUCGACGUUCAAUGUUGAUGUUCUGAAAUCUGUUAAAUACCCUUUGACUGAAAAACAGAUGUUUCAAGUUUCAUGUCGUCCAGAGACAUUGUGUGUCACCGUUGGAUAUGUUUUGGUUAAUGCACAACCACCACCACCACCACCACCACCAGGUGAACCCCCUAUACCACCACCACCACCACAAGGUGAAGCCCCUAUACCACCACCCCCAGGUCCAGGAGGAUGUGAACCAAAUUUUGCAUGUGAAUCGGCUUAUCAGGUUGCAGUUAUAGGUAGUUAUCCAUGCCAAGCCGCUCAAGACUUUAAGACGUGUGUUGAUGCAGCAGCGAGUCUGUGUAUUCCACCAGUUUCAUCAUUAGUACAAGCUAUGGUAUCAGGGGCAGCAGCGGCUGUGGCAGACAAUUGUAAUGAACUUCCCGCAGAAUUACCAGCAUGUGCUGAAAUGUGCGUUCCUUAUGAAGACAGAGCUUUGGGUGAUUGGGCUGAUUCGAAACAACAAUCGGGUUGCGAACAAUAUGCACUCUACAGACAAUGUUUACAAAACUAUCAUGAUUCUGCUGAUCCAAACUGCAAAGUUGCAAGUUUCUUAGCUGAUGCAGUCGACAAAUACAAUACAGAUUGUCAAAGUUCAUAACUUUUUUUUCAUUUCUUUUAUUUGUUUGAAAAGAAAAGAAAAUCUUAAAAAUGGUGUAUUAUCUAU